GUACUGUAGCCUACUGUGCGAUCGAGGAUUCCACAGAAUACCAUAACACGACUGUACAUCUUACAUCGAGUACAUGGUGGAAGGAAAGAGCAGGGUAUGUGAGUUAAACACCUCCCUGGAAAGAGAGUGAAUCUGUACCUCAAGGAAGUACAGAUAAGAAGAUAAAAUGACGGGUUCGUUCGGUGGGCAUGCCGUACCCGGCGGAUUUUUCAUUAUCGUCGCUAUUUGGUGGAUCAUACAAUUUGCAUACUCCAUAGUUGUAUUGGACAACGGUCGCCAGCGGCCCCGGUCUCGUGUGAUGUACUGUUUGCAUCGCGCACCUCUUGAGGCAGGAUUAAUCGUUUUCGCGGGCAUUGCCGGCAUCGGUGUCGAGAUGGCGUACUCGGAACCGGUCCUGGUCCUUGUCGACAAGGACGGCCACUGGCAAAAUGACGUAGAAUGGGGCCACUGCUCCAUGUACUUGUAUUUUGCUAUCUAUGGAUUCGUCAAAGUCCUUGGGAGUACCUGUGUCCCUUCUGCAGCAACAUUUGAACACGCUCUUGGUGCUUUGGCGUAUGCCGUGGAAGGGUUUCUCUUCUACUUCCACACCCAUGGUCGAAACCCUCUCGAAAUCCACCUUCACAACAUGCUCGUCUUCGCUAUCUUUGUGUGCUUUUUGGCAGCAGCGGCGGAGGUCUGGUCCAGAGAAGAUACCUUAAUACGUCUCAUCCGGAUUCUUUUCACUCUAGUCCAGGGAACCUGGUUCUUUCACUUGGGUAUAGUGCUCUACAAACCUCCUUCAGGAGAACCUUGGGAUGGAGAGGACCAUCUCAACGUCAUGUUCACUACCGUCAUGUUCACAUGGCACAUCCUAAUCGGCAUGCUGGUUCUCUUUCUGGUCUACGGCAUCACCAAGCUGACGUUGAAAGCAUGUGGCUUCUCAUCAGUGAAGUACUCUCAGAUGAGCAAUGGUCGUUAUGAACUCGCGGAAACAGCUCAGAGUCUUGAUAGUUGAAAGUGACAGUAAUGCGUAAACAGCAAUUCUGGAUUUGGGAAACAGCACGGAGGACUCAGAGAUUACAAAUUUACAAUUUAACAAUUCAACGACGUUACAUUCGCGAAAUUGUCAACAUAUUUCCAAAUUCGUAUCUUAUAGACUCUUGUAAUUAGUUUCCCCGAUAUAAUGAUGAUAAUGUCAAGGAAAAUACAUGAUUGCAGAUUAAUAAUAUACAAAUUUGAUAAGCAUACAUCCACCAGAACAAAUACAUGUUCAAAGAAUUCUAUCUAGGUACAUGUCAGGAACGUUUCAAAUGUUCAUGAUAUUAUUCAGUAUCAAUAAAAUUAUGAACAUAUUCUAUAUUGAUCUUAUCAAUGUCGAUUUUGUACUACAUUGAAUGCAAUUGAAAAACAUAUGGGAUAUAUUUGUAUAAUAAGUGUUGAAAAUGUCCAUCUUCUCUGCUUGUCAAUAGAUUAGGUACACACCAGCUGUAGAUUAUAUGAUAAUAAUAAUCAUUAAAAAAACAGUUAUGAACAUGAUGAACAGUUCUUGUAAAGCGCAUAUUACAUUACGAUACAACGUUCCCAUGCGCUUCAUUAUGUAUCCAUACAGGUAUUCUUUGUUAGCAUUUAAAAUAU